UAAUAAUCGAGUUUCUUUGUAGUCCUGAUUUCUUAUUUGAUAAUUUUGAAAUACUAACAAAAGAAUAUAAACAAAAUUAAAAUAUUUAGCACAAUGACUUCUUUAGAAAUUAUAGAAGAAAACAUAUGUUUGAUUUCUGGACUAGCGUGUGUUUUUUUGACCUUUUCAUACGUUGGUAGCUUAUACAUUUGGAAAUCUAAUUUAAGCAGAGACCAUCCAACGACUAUUAAAAGAAGAUUUCUUAGUGUGUGUUGCAUGAUGUUGCUAGCCCCUGUUUUUACACACACACUAUUGAAGGAGGAAAUGCUGGAAAAGGGAAAUAUAUAUGAAUAUAUGGGUUUUAGAAUGUCAGGAAUGAUAUCUGCAUUAUUUAUUCCUUUAUUUCUGACUGCCAUAUUAUUUUUGGGGCCAUUAACAAUGCAUUUCAUAGCUGGUACCUGGAAAUUGUAUGCAGAACCUAUCUAUUGGUUGUCCAGUUGGCAAGAUUUGGUUUGGUUGCGUAACCAUGUCAUGGCACCACUUAGUGAGGAGUGGGUUUUUAGAUCAUGUAUGAUGCCUCUUUUACUACAAUGUCUUGAGCCACUUACUGCUGUUUUCACUGGACCAUUUCUUUUUGGGAUUGCCCAUUUUCAUCAUCUGCAUGAGAUGCUGGUAAAUGGACGUUCAUUAAAGUCAGCUCUAUUUAUUGCAUUGUUUCAAUUCUCAUUUACUACUGUGUUUGGGGCAUAUUCAGCUUAUCUGUUUUUAAGAACUGGGCAUUUCUUCGCACCACUUGUCGCCCACAUAUUCUGCAACCAUCUCGGCUUCCCGAAUUUCCUUGCGGUAUUCCAUUUUCCAUGGUUGCAGCGGCUUCUCAUUAUAUUUAACUUUUUCCUUGGCCUGUUCCUGUGGUGUAAUUUACUGAUACCUCUAACUGAUCCCUAUAUUUAUGAUAAUAGACUACAGUUGUUAACUUAAAUUUAAUAUUAUUUUAUGUGCUCCUGUCGCUGAAAUAUUAUGU